UGAAAGUUGAGCCCAUAAUGCUGUAUUAUGUGGCCAAGAGGAAGGAUGUAUAUUACAAAUAGUAAGUGUCCCAAAACAGAACCCUGAGGGACACCAUGAAGGAGAGGUGAUUUCGGGGAUCUAAAGUCUCCAAUUGACACAAACUGUUCUCUCAUGGUAAGAUAAGAUUUGAACCAGGCUAAAGAAGAACCAGUGAUACCAAGCAGAGUUUCUAAGCGACUCAAUAAAAGAUUGUGACAUACAGUGUCAAAGGCUGCUGUAAGGUCGAGGAGAACAAGUAUACUGACAUGGCCAGUGUCAGCAGCUAACAGCAAAUCAUUGACAACCUUGACCAGGGCAGUCUCGGUGCUAUGCAUGGCCCUAAACCCAGACUGAAACUUCUCCCAAAGAUUAUAUUGGGUUAAAUGCUCUUGGAGCUGAUUGGCAACGAUACGCUCAAGGACUUGUGCAAUGAAGGGAAGAUUGGAAAUGGGGCGAUAAUUUUUAAAAUCAUCAAUAGCUGCUCCAGGUUUUUUCAAGACAGGAGUGAUAGCUGCUGUUUUGAGAGCCUGAGGGACUAAUCCAGUUGAAAGGGAUGAGUUUAUUAUCUUAACCAGCAGAGGACAGAGAACUGGUAGGCAAAUCUUGACCAAAGAGGUCACCACUCCUCUUCUGCCAUCCCAUGUGAAAACUGGAGUUUGCUCAAGCCCUGAGACCCUUCACCUCUUAUUACUUCAGAAAAAGAACCCAUACAGUUGGAGGGUUGGCAGCAAAUCUUUUUCCUGCUGAGUGCCUCUGCAGGUUUAGAGUGGAUGAGCUUGGUCACUUCCUAGCUGCCUUUCCAGUCUGACCAGUAUGACAGGACUGACCAGUAGUUGUGGGAAUAUUAUCAAGCCAAACAGUUUUCUCUGUCCCAGAUUCCACAAAGACACAAAUUCAAGCUACCCUGUGUCACCAGCAGUUUUACAUGCCUCUCCUUGCUUUGAUUGACUGGUGCUGAAGGUAAUCUUUUGGAUAAAGAGUUGGCUCUCCAAUUUGGUAUUCCCCUAAAUAACUUCACUGUGAAGAACAAAUACCCUCUGCGUUUAAUCACCUCUGCUUUUGAGCCCAUUCAAAGUGCCACAGUUUUUUCUAAGCUGGACCUCAGGAACGCUUACCACCUCAUUCAGAUCAGAGAGGGAGAUGAAUGGAAGACCGCAUUCAACACACCCCUUGGAAACUGCACAUAGUCUCAGACCAGGAUCCUCAGUUCAUAUCACAGGUUUGGAAGGCAUUCUGUCAAGCUUUUGGUGCCUCUCUGAGUCUCACCUCUGGUUUCCAUCCCCAGACAAAUGGCCAGACAGAAAGGGCAAAACAGGAUCUGGAGUCAGCUCUGCACUGUGUCACUGCAACCAACACUUCCUCCUGGAGCUCUCAUCUGGCCUGGAUUGAAUAUGCUUAUAAUUCAAGCGUGCUCAUUGGGGAUAGAUUCGGGAUAAAAGUAGCUCAUAUUUUAAGCCGUUCAAAUUCUGUAAAGCUGCUUUGCGACAAUGUUUAUUGUUAAAAGCGCUAUACAAAUAAACUUGACUUGACUUGAAUUCCCUGACUAGUGCUGCCACAGGUUUGUCCUCCUUCAAAGCAUCUUUGGGUUAUUAUCCAUCUCUGUUUUCCUCCCAGGAGAGUGAUCUUGCAGUCUUAUCAGUUCAAGGGCACUUCCUUGGCUGCUGUAAGAUUUGGAAAUAGACCCAUGCUGCCCUGCUUCAUACCUCCGAACAAAAUAAACACCUAGCUGACUGCCACUGGACCCCGGCUCCAGCAUAUAAACCAGGUCAGGAGGUUUGACUUUCUUCAAAGGAUAUACCACUGAGAACUGAAUCCAGAAAGCUUUCUCCCUGUUUCCUUGGCCGAUUUGUCAUUGAAUGCAUCAUAAAUCCAUCUCGUCAUCAUCGGUUGUCCAUCACUAGCAAUGAUGACUGCUUCGUUAGGAUGCACAGAGAUGCAGAUGGGCUGCAAGGAAGUUGCCCUGCAGUGACAACUGACUUGCCAAGUGAUGCCAUCCAUUGGCCAUUUGAGUGGCUCUUCCGCAUGCCAUCAGGUGGUGUGCCAUUGACCCUGUUGAGUUAAUCUGCCACAUUGCACCGAAAAGUGCUCUACUGCUAGUGCCUUAUUGGUGAAGUACUAUUUAACCUAUAACUGAAACCCAGGCAGGUGCUACCAUUCCGGGUCAGAGCGGACCUGGGAGCAAUGGUGAUUAAGGGGUAACCCCACUUUCCCCAAUACUCAAGUCCUCCUCAACCUGAGACUCACCACCGGUUGCAGUUUAAAGUCAUACCCAGAACUAGAUAAAUCCAUCUACUGUCAGACUGAAGUUACCCAGGACUAUGAAAAUCCACCCAAUAUUUCAUGUGUUUCAGUUAAAAACAGUGUCUUCCAGCCCUCUGUGCUCUCCUUCUGAAACCCCACCACCCACCCAGGGCAUUGAUGAUCCUCCUGUAUACUCUGUUCGGUGGCUCCUGAAUGUGCAUCGGUGUGGCAGGGGUUUCCAGUACCUUGUGAACUGAGAGAGAUGAGGUCCUGGGUCCGAAGGUCCUUCAUUUUGAAUCCUGUUGAGGGGAAGGUACUGUCAUGGUCCAGUUUUGCCUCCUUUUCAUUCCUCGUGUCUCAGCUAUUUCCCCUCCCCUUUGUUUCUCAUUUUGUGUGUGUGUGUGUGUGUGUGUGUGUGUGUGUGUGUGUGUGUGUCUGGGUGUGACUCUCCUGCUCUCCUGCUUCAGCCAAUCAACUUCUCCUGCCAGUCUGUCUGCACACCUGCAAUCCAUCCAGCAAUCAAGCUCCAGCAGUAUUUAUACCCUGGUUCUGCACAGGCGACUUGUCCAGGGUGUACCCCGCCUCUCACCCAUAGUCAGCUGGGAUAGGCUCCAGCUUGCCCAUGACCCUGCACAGGAUAAGCGGUUAUUGAUAAUGGAUGGAUCGAUGUCUUCUGUGUUGAUUUCAAUAUACUGUCCCAACUUUUUCUGAUUUGGGGUUGUACAUCUUUUGAGAUGUGAAUCUCACACUACCUGAAAAAUGCCAGGUUGAUUUGCUAGCAGAGUGUGCACUGGAGUGGGCGCUGCCCCCAUUUCAGAACGGAACAGUGCAGGAGCCACUACAGGACACUGUGGAAUCUCAUUUGAACAAAAUUAUGGUGCUUAUAACUCUUUUGAAAGACUUCAUUACUGACCGGAAUAUUCUACUAUCCUACGGAAACUGUGUACUGGAAGUCACUGAGAAUUUGGUGUCUAUGCUGGUGAGGAAAACAGAUCCCAUCAAAUCCAUCAACAUUUCUCUACAAACUUUAGAGGUUCAGGUAAUUACUGUUGGGCAAAACACCUCUGUGAAUAAAGUCCAUUCUCUCAUCACAAGCAGUGCAUCCAUGGAUAUCGAGUUGACUGGGAUCUCAAAGAAUAGCAGUGUUGCUGUAGCCUUUAUGAGCUACACCAACAUGUCAGACAUCCUGACCCCUGUAGACCUUGAUGACAGCAAAACCAUGAUGUCUGCUGUGGUAUCAGUAACACUUCUCCAAACCACCAACGCACACCUCACCAAACCACUCAAUCUCACGUUCACAAACAUCAGAGAGUUAGACCCUGCAGACAUUCUCUACUGUGGGUACUGGACAGAAACAGACUGGGCUGAAGCUGGUUGUAACAUCACAGACAAAAACUCCACUCACACUGUGUGCUCUUGUGAUCAUCUGGGUACUUUUACAAUCAUGCAGGUUUUAAGUGACCAGGAUACGACGGAUCAUUCUUGGAUCAUUUUCGUCACAGCAUCUAUAGCAGUGGGAAUUAUAUUUCUGAUUUUGUCGAUACUGACACUCGCCUUUUGUUGGCCGAACAGAAAUUUGACCAGAACGGCUCUGAUAAACCUGUGUAUAAGCUUGUUGAUGGUUCUGCUUUUUGACCUGGCCUUUCUACAUACCCAGACAGUAUGGAAGCUAGUACUGGACUGGCUUUGGGAUUUUUUCUAUUUGUCAUUUGGUCUGUGGAUGUUCAUUGAAGCCAUCCUGCUCUUCAUAUCUGUGAAGAACCUAUCAAAUAUCAGAUCAAUGCAGGGGGAGGGGUUUAGCUGGAAAUGGUUAAUUGUGAUUGGAUACUGUGUGCCCCUGAUUGUGGUGACUCUGCUGUUCAUGCGUCUGAGCUUUACUGGAAGCCAAACAUCUGUCGAGGAAAAUUGGGACUCAGAAGCUUCGUUUGUUGUUUAUUCAAUUUUUCUCUGCAUUCUUGCAUUUAACUUCAUCUUCUUCUUCAUCAUCAUCAUCAACUUGAGCUUCACUAUAAUACGGCAGAAACUUCAGAACUUACAGAGGAGUAACACCAAUAAUCAAAAACUCAUACUAUGUGUGAUGUUUAAAAGCCUGGCCCAGUUUUUUAUCCUCGGCUGCCCUUGGAUUAUUUUAGACUUCUUCAACGAUUCUACAUCAUGGUAUGUCUGGAUGUUCUUCGCUAGCCAGCAGGGCACCUUCAUCUUCCUGGUCCACUGUCUCUUCAACCAAGAGGUCAGGCAGCAGUACAGGAAGUACCUGGAUGCUUUUUGCUGCGCCAGCAAACGUAACACCGCUACAGCAGAUGUGCAGAUGAGCAGCGACUCAGGGAACAACAUGAACGUCCACAGGGCUGUUACUUCCACGGUUACAUUGUCAGUGAUUAGCUGAGCUUUUUCAUAUUUUUGAUGCACAUGUUUUUUUGGUUUAGAACUUUUAUUGCUCUUUUAAUUCAUAUAUAUCUUCUUUUUGUUUUUGGUUUUCUGCAUUGUAAACAAAGAGCAACUUUAAUUUUCUUAUAACUUUACUAAAAUGACAAUCUGUUAAAAGAUCGAAUCAGGUUAGGAUCAGGAUGUGUGAGGUAUGGAUAUGGAUAUGGACUUUUCAGGUCAGGCUUCAUUUAAUCUGCCAGCAUUUCUGUCUUUUUUGUAAAUAUUUUUAACAUAACAUUUAGAAACAUUACCACAAUAACGCAUCACAUAACAGAGCAAAGCAUUAUUACUGCAAAUGUUUUUAGAAUAUUGCAGAAACGUUAUUUAACAAUUUUUCGCCAAAGGUGAAGUUAAUGUCAGUGAAUAAUAAGCGAGAUGAAGUCGAGGUCGAGAUUAUUCUUCACCAAUAUUCACUGAGCCUGAGGCAGAUAAUUGUUUUAGUAUAAUUACACAGGUGAUUAUUUUUUUUAAAAAUCAUUCAUUUCAAACUUCAAAAGUGGCAUGCAAAUAUGAUAAUGGCACGGCGUAGAUUUGUGUCGCUUCUCUACGCCGAGUCACAUAAAAUCCUUUGUUUUGAAAUCGAUAAAAUAAAUCACAAUCCCACCUUACCUUUGAAUAGUUUCAGACUAAAUUCUGAAAUUUCUGAGCAAUUUUAGUGUGACGAAGUGAUCAGCCGCCAUUUUGCCGAGUCGCUCGAGGUGAUUAUUGAGAAAUAGUCAGAAUCUCUCGACCAAUCAGAGCACGCGAUUUUCUAUAAUCACCUGUGUAUUUAUACUAAUUUUAGUUACAACGAUAGUUUUUGAAGGACAUGUCAAAUGCGUCUGGACUAGGUUUAGAUUUAGGUAGAGAAUUAUUUAAAAUCAACACCAGGAUUACUGGCACCAUUCAAACAAGUCUAUGAAAUCUAUUUCCACUUAGACAAAUAAUUUCAGAAGAACUGUGUGUGUGUGUGUGUGUGUGUGUGUGUGUGUGUGUGUAGAUCAGUUUCCCUCCUCUUCAAUGAAAUGGUAAAUGCAGAUCUGAGAAGAUAAAAGUGAAUAAACAGAAAAUAUACAUAAUAAUAAUAAUAAUAAUAAUAAUAAUAAUAAUAAUGAUGUUCUUGUUGAGUUGUAAAUGUAUCUACUGCCCCCUGUUGGCCAUCUGCAGCAUUUACACUUCUGUGACUCGAAUCCUCAUAAAUAUCUGUCUCAUCAAGGUUCUCUGUAUAAUAUGCAGGUUGUAACUUGUAAUAAAGUGUUUUAAUCGUGUA